CCCGACUUGAGUCGCCUUGUUUGGGUUGUGAAGCGCACCAACACAGGAACACUGCGGCAGACAGACUCACACGACGACUCAAUACACAUACACAGUCAACCAUGGGUGGAAGCGGGCGCAGCGAAGGAAAGGAGGGAGAUGGAGGUGAGGAGGAGCAAGGCACACAAAAGCAAACGAACAGCAAGGAGGAGCAGGAGGAGAAAAGAGCUUUCACAACGCGUGCUCGGGACCAUGGCAGUAACGAGGAUGAAGCUGAUGACGAUGCUGUUGACGAUGAAGAUGACGACGACGAGGUGGACCUGGACUUUAGCGACCUUGACAUCACUUCCGUUGACUUUGACUUUGACGACAUGGAAGAACACAUGGGACAAAACAUGGAAAAUGAGGUCGUGAAGCAGGCUCUCGAACAGGGAAUCGACUUGCGAGUGUAUGCGCGACAAGUGGAGAAAGACCUCGAGCUGCUGGAACGCGAGAGCAUCCAAGACUACAUGAAGGAAGCCAAGCGCAUGGCUCAACUGCACCAACAAGUGCGGGUGUGUGACGGAAUUCUUCAAAACAUGGAGCGUAUGCUCAGCACGUUUCAAUCCGACCUCGGCAACAUCGGUGGCGAAAUCCAGUCUCUCCAAGAAGAGUCCUUGGGCAUGAGCGUGAAGCUCAAGAACAGGCGUACAAUCCAGGACCGCCUCUCUGAUUUCGUCUCGAACAUGGCGCUGUCGGCGGAAUUGGUCGACAGCAUCUGCUCUCCAGACCCAACCAUCACGCCGCAGUUUGAGGCUGCUGUGGGCGAUUUGCACCGCAAGUUGGCGUUUGUGUCCUCACAGCCCGAAACAACCGUUGCCGUUGCGGACGUGCACGCAGAUUUGACAAAACUCAAGAGCAACGCCGUAGCUAAGAUCAAGGAUGUGUUUCUUGGCAAGAUCCACUCUGUGCGCAAACCCAUGUCGAAUCUGCAGAAUGUUCAGCAGGCGCUUCUCAAGCACUCGGACUGCUUCGACUUCCUUGUCAAGCACAGCAGACUGACGGCCGCUGCUGUCAAGGAUGAGUAUGUGGACACCGUGAGCAAGAUCCACUUCUCCUACGUGAAGACAUACAUUUCGCGUCUCAUGAAACUGCAGUUUGAUCAAGUGCCGGACAAGGAGGACGUCCUGGCGGCUGAUGACAGCGCAGGAAAGCGGGGAGGCGGGCUCUUCUCGUCGCGGCCUGUGCUGAAGAACCGUUCAACAACAUUUACACUUGGCAACAGAGGCGCAGUCUUACAGUCGUUGGAUGCGCCCAUUCUCGUCCCGCACGCGCAGGAUGCAAAGGCGCUCAAGGACACCAAGUUCACAUACGAGCAGCUCUUUCGCAGCUUCCAGAAAGCGCUGAUUGAUACGGGUGUGCGCGAAUACCUCUUCAGCAUGGAGUUUUUUGGUCUCAAGGAAGCAAAAGCUGCUGAUGCAUUUUCGGCGAUUAUGGGCAAGGCCAUUGGCUGUGUGCUCAAGCACGUGGAGUGCUACCUCUCCUCCUGCUACGACGGCAUCUGCGUCAUGCUCUGCAUCCGCAUCAACGCCCACUUCAGGGCGAAGAUGCACGAGCAGUCCAUCACGUGCAUCGACAGCUAUCUUGCCGCUGUUGACGACCUCCUUCUCAAGUGCCUUCACUCCAUCAUUGCCCUCAACACAGAGAGCGUGCGCCACGUCGAUCCAGAGAAAUUUGCAAACGUCGACACGCGCCCGCACUUCAUCGUCAGGCGAUACGCCGAGUACAGCGGCGCCAUUCUCGGCCUGAACGAGGACUGCAAGAUCGAAUCCAUUGAUAAUGACAUGCAGCAGCUCAGCACCGAAGUUGAGGGCUUCAUCCUGCGAUUGGCGGCGGAGUUUCCAGACCGCCGGGAACAGCUCAUCUUCCUCAUCAACAACUACGACCUCCUCGUCUCUGUGCUGGCGAGGAGAACCAGCGGAGAGUCGACGGAAGCGCACGCAGCCCACGAUCACCUCAAGGCGCGGAUACACGAGUUUGCGCUGAUUGUGCUGGCGCCCAAGUUUGGCGGGAUCAUCAACUUUGUCAAGAAGGUGGAGCAAGCGUUUGCAAAGGACGACUCAAAGUGCCCCGUCCCCGAAGCAACCAUCCAAAAGCUGAUUCAAUCGUUUGCGCAGACGUGGAAAUCUGCCAUUGACGACAUUGAUCGAGACGUCAUGCUCUCGUUCACAAACUUCAAGAACGGGCGGCUGAUUCUACAGGAAGCGCUGACACAGCUCGUCGUCUAUUACGAGAAAUUCCUCGCCCUCCUCAAGAAGCCUGCGCUGCGGCGUGCUGGCGGAUGGCCGGACCUGGUUGAUCGACACCACCUCCUCGUCGAAGUGAAGAAGCACAAGGCCACAUUCUAGCCAGUAGUGAAGAGCCCACCACAACACUUAACACGACACCAGCUGUGAGCAUAUUCUGUCAUGUUACUCUCCUCGAUCCCAUCUCCCCGGUGUCGCAGGCCUCGCACACACACACACACACACACACACACA